AUGGAAUACAAUAAUGUGAAUGCACAGUUGAUUAGGCACAUAAAAAAUGAAGAGUCAUUUUGGAGACAAAAAGCUGGCUUGAAGUGGUUUACGGAUGGUGACAAUAACACUAGGUUCUUUUACUCUGUAAUUAAUUCUAGAAGGAAAAAAUUACAACUUACAAGAAUCAAGAAGCAAGAUGGUACCUGGAUUGAGAACAAAGAUGAUAUAGCUAUUGAAGCUAUUAACUUUUUUGAGCAACAGGUCACACAAGAAAAUACUUGCAGAGAUUUUUCAAAGCUUAGGGGGCUUAACAGAGUAAUAAAUGAAGAAUAUAACUUGGUUUUAGAGUCACUCCCUACCAUGGAUGAACUGAAACAGGUAGUAUUCUCCAUGGAUAGUAGCAGCUCGCCUGGUCCCGAUGGCAUUUCUGGAAAAUUCUUUCAACACUGCUGGAAUAUAAUUUCUGCUGAUCUCUAUCAGGUGGUUUUGGAAUUCUUCUCUGGGCAACCUCUCACUAGAUCAUUUACUCAUACAUGCCUUGUCCUUAUCCCUAAAAUUGAUAACCCGCAACAAUUCACUGAUUUCAGGCCUAUUAGUCUAAGCAACUUCACUUCCAAAAUUAUCUCAAUGUUGCUUAACAGUAGGCUAGCCCCUCUUAUGAACAGGAUUAUUUCUCCAAACCAAACUGGUUUCCUUAAAGGUAGGUCAAUCUCAGAUAAUGUGAUGCUUACUCAAGAACUUAUUCAUAACUUGAAUAGGCCCAAUGUCAAUGGUAAUGUAGUUUUUAAGCUAGACAUGGCAAAGGCCUUUGACAGAGUUCCUUGGGACUACCUCUGUCAAACUAUGAGGCAAUUAGGCUUUUCUGAAUGUUGGAUUGAUAUGGUUUCAAGAUUGAUCUCAAACAAUUGGUACUCCAUCAAUGUCAAUGGAGUGAGACAUGGGUUUUUCAAAUCCUCUAAGGGCCUUAAGCAAGGAGACCCACUAUCCCCCUCACUUUUUGUCAUUGGAGCAGAAUUGCUGUCUUACAUGAUGGACCAGCUAGUACAUGAUAAUUUUAUUAGUUUUUCUAUGGAUCGAGGCAGUCCCUUAAUCACUCACCUCACAUAUGCUGAUGGCACCAUCCUCUUCUCCUCUGGUGACUUGUUAUCUAUUGCCAUGAUGAUGAAAAAGUUGGAGGACUAUGAACAAGCCUCAGGACAAAUGGUGAAUAAAAGAAAAUCUACAUUCCUGGUAUCUUCUAAAACUCCUUCAACUGUAAUUGAAGACAUCAAAAGCAUCACUAGUUUUUCCCAUUCCCAGUUCCCUUUUACUUAUUUGGGGUGCCCUAUUUACCCUGGGAGAAAGAAAAUUUGCUAUUUUGGAAAUAUGGUGGCCAAAAUAGCAAAUAGAACUCAAGAGAGCGAGAGAAGUUAUCAUUGGUUUUCUUGGCAGAAUUUAUGUUAUCCUAAGACGGAGGGAGGGGUAGGUUUUAGAUCAUUGCAUGACAUUUGCAUUUCUUUUGCUGCUAAAUCCUGGUGGAAUUUCAGAACUCAAAAGUCUCUUCUCACCCUCUUCCUGGAAGCUAAAUACUGCAAAAGAUAUCAUCCACUUGCUAGAAAAAAGAGUUAUACUCAGUCACACUCUUGGAGAAGGCUAAUGGAUAUCAAGAAAGACUGUGAAGCACAUAUUUUAUGGAAUGUAGGAAAAGGUAACCUCUCCUUUUGGUGGGAUAACUGGACCAAUAAAGGAGCCCUUGCUAAUUUAGUUCAACAGGGAAACAAGUCCCAGAAGAUAAAAGUGGCUGAUUUUAUUGCGCACAACCAAUGGAAGCUGGAUAAACUCCGUGAUACUCUCCCUUCUAAUUUGGUUUCUCAUAUUCAAUCUAUCAAGAUUUCUCCUGAAGAGAAAGAUCUUCCUAUUUGGCUCGCAAACCCCACUGGAUCAUUUUCUAGUAAAUCAGCAUGGAAAACUUUUAGAAAAUCUAGAGGCUCUUCCUUCACUACAACUAAGAUCUGGCACCGUAAACUACCUUUUAAAGUAUCUUUUCAUGUUAUGAGAUUAUUAAAUGGUAAGCUUGCAACUGAUGACUCUUUGAUCAGGUUUGGGGUUCAUGGGCCCUCAAAAUGUUAUUGCUGCAUCAAUAGCAAUAUGGAAACUACAAACCAUUUAUUUUGUGAUGGUGAUGUGGCUCUAAAAGUUUGGAAAUAUUUUCAAGAUGCUUGUGGAUUGUCUAUUAACUCUGUUGGUGGUAUUCGGUCCAAAUUCAUCAGAUGGUGGCUCAUCAAACCACAAAACAAAGUUCAUGACAUGAUAUUGCAAUGUCUCCCCUCUAUUAUCUGUUGGGAAAUAUGGAAAUAUAGAUGUACCUACAAAUAUGAGGGUAUCAGAAGUUCAAUUCAUAGAAUCAUUGGUCAAAUUACCUACUUGAUGCAACUGUUGCUUUCUACUGAAUUUCCUUCUCUGCCUUUUAUGUCUUCUUUCCCGAGGAUAUGUCAAUUGGUAGACAUAAUCAAACCUCAACUACACAUUGUUCCUGUGAGAUGGAAUAAACCGAGUGUUGGGGAAUUCAAAUUAAAUGUUGAUGGUUGUAGCAAAGGAAACCCAGGUAAUGCAGGAGGUGGAGGGGUGUUAAGAGAUCAUCUCGGACGUUUGAUCAUGGCUUUCACUGUUUACCUUGGUAGUUGCUCAAAUAAUUCAGCUGAAGCUCAAGCAAUCAAAAUCGGAGUUAGAUGGUGCUUAGAUCAUGGCUUCAACAGGUUGACAGUUGAGUCAGAUUCUCUUGUUGUUAUCCAGAUGAUAAGAGGAGAAAUUUCUACUACUUGGCAUAUAAAAGGAUGA